AGUUUAAAAAUUCCGCCUUCUUAACGGUUGACGAAUCGGUUAAAACGGUUUAACAGAUCAAAUUUAACAGAAUACUCACUCCUCACUUAACAACAUGAGUAACAUUGCCGCACAGAGCUGUAAAAUGUUAAAUGCCUCUCAAUUGCUACACUUUCCAACACUGACACAACAGACACAGUUCUUGCCGCUAAUUUUUGUGUUUAUAUGAGGUUUUUUCGGUGCUGAAACGUUUACCAACGUUUUAAAAUAUAAUAAUGGAUGUGGAAAAUAAUAAUAACACAAUAGUACCUGCCAACAAAGAGACACAGUUCGCUGAGAAACGCAAAGUAAUUUGCGAGGAGAAUGAAGACAACCAAAUCAAAAGGCUGAAGAACAAUGACAGCCCUAAACAAGUCGUCCAACGUCCGCCCGCCCAGAGUCCAAAGAAGCGUCUGCACAACAAUCACAAGCCGAAGCAGAACAAAAAUGAAACAUUCAUGUAUGGCAACUACAAACAGUAUUAUGGAAAGCGCAUUCUGGACAAGGACUUUCAUGACAUACGCCUGGAUGUGUUUGCCACACAACCGCAACUGUUUCGCGACAAACAGCUGUUGGACAUUGGUUGCAACUCGGGCCAUUUGUCCAUACAGAUUGUCAAGCAGUUCGAGGCCAAAAGUCUUGUAGGUCUAGACAUCGAUCGCAGUCUGACACACGAUGCCCAAAUGGCCAUAGUGAACAUAAAGCGUGCUAGCAACUUAUCUGCCGUAGCAGCAGCCGGAAAGUUUCCGUAUAAUGUGAAGUUUGUGCACGGCAAUUAUGUGCUCGAGGAUGAUGUCCUGCUCGAGAUCGAACGUCCGCAAUAUGAUGUGAUCUUGUGCUUGUCGGUGACAAAGUGGAUACACUUGAACUUCUGUGAUGCAGGCCUGAAGCAGGCAUUCCGGCGCAUGUUUCUGCAGCUGAGGCCUGGCGGCAAGCUGAUAUUGGAGCCGCAAUCUUUUGACACCUACAAGCGUCGCAAGAAACUCACAGACAAAAUACGUGAGAACUACAAUAGCAUCCAGUUCAAGCCGGAAGAUUUCACAGCUUAUUUGCUGGGAGCUGAAGUGGGCUUCGCCAGCAUGGAACUGAUGGGACAGCCUGAGCAUUGUAACGCUGGCUUCAAACGCCCCAUACAGAUCUUUAGCAAAAACUAAAUGAAUAAAAGAAAGGAGACUUACUGAGA